AUGCUGCAGCGCAGUUACGAUCUCUCGCCCUCGCCGGCACGCACUUCGCCCACCCACAAUGGAGUCCAGAAUUUGGGUGCUGGCCCCCAAAUCCAACCGGUUCAGGUCACCGACUUUAGUAUAAGUAAAAUCCUGGGAAAGGAUCGCAAGCCAGCUCAGGAUACGAGCACGAGUAUACUGGAUCUCUCCAAGAGUAGCAGUCUUAGUGUUAGGAGUCCUCCAGCUGGAGGAAACGUAACUGGACCUGGAACUGGGUUAUCCAUGCCAACCCCCUAUGGAGGUUACUCCAUGUUGCCACCCGAUCUGGUGGCCAUGGCCAAUGCCACCAAGUUCUAUGCCCAGUUCUUCCCGCAUCUACUACCCGCCUAUGCGGCUGCUGCAGCGGCUGCAGGAUUGAGUACCCCACCCACAUCACCCUAUCAACAGCAUCAUCAUCAGCAGACUCUACCGAAUCAGCAGAAACGCUUCUUUGCCCCCUAUGUGAUCAAUGGACAGACUCAGGCCCCCCAACAACCACUCAACCGGCCAAAGAGCACCGCCUGCACUCGACCAGAUUGCCUGGAGUGCCUGGAUUACUACCAAAGACUGCAGGCCGGAGGUGGCUACAAGCAGACCACGCCCCUAAUCUCGCCCGCCGCCUCCUCCAUCAGCAGUUCUAGUGGUUCCGUGCGUCCCGUCAGGGAUCUGAUCAUGAGUGCCGCCGGAGGAGCCGCCGCCGGCACAAACAUCUCACUGACCACCGUUACCAAUUUGAGUCUAAGUUCAGUUCAGACUGCAGCCGUCGGAAUGAUGCCCAAAUUGGCCGGAGGAGGACUUGUGACCACAGCCGUCGGCAGUAACAGUGGAGGAAUGGGUGGUAUCGCUGGCUAUAAUCCAACAUCUCCCGAAGAGAUCAGCUACAAGUGCAGGAUUUGCGAGAAGGUCUUUGGAUGCUCCGAAACUCUUCAGGCUCACGAAAAGACGCAUAAAUCGCCGCGAUACGAGUGUGCGGAUUGCGGAAAGGGCUUCUCGCAGCUGCGAAACUACAAGUAUCACCUGUCCGUUCAUCGGGGAACCAAGGAGUUUGCUGCUGAGUGUCCCGAAUGCGGCAAGACGUUUAACGACAAGGGAUAUCUGAGUAGCCACCUGAAGAUCCAUCGGAAUCGAAAGGAGUACGAGUGUCCAUAUUGCCCCAAGUCCUUCAACCAACGAGUUGCCUUCAAUAUGCACGUCCGGAUUCACACUGGAGUAAAACCACACAAAUGUAACGAGUGUGGCAAAAGGUUUUCUAGGAAAAUGCUCCUAAAACAGCACAUGAGAACUCACAGUGGGGAGAAACCCUAUCAGUGCUCUGUGUGCGGAAAAUCCUUUGCCGAUCGCAGCAACAUGACUCUGCACCAUCGCCUCCAUUCGGGAAUUAAGCCUUUUAGCUGCCCCCUGUGCCCCAAGGCCUUCACCAAGAAGCACCACCUGAAGACCCACCUGAACUACCACACUGGUUGCAAACCCUAUGUCUGUCCACAUCCCAAUUGCAAUCAGGCCUUCACCCAGUCGAGCAAUAUGCGAACCCAUGCCAAAAAGUGCCAGUACCGACCGUUGGAUGGAGUUACAUCCUCCGUACUUCCGGCUCCUGGAAAGGGUCCUCAACAGGUGCCUCCCUCCACUUUGGCUAUGGCAAUGGCCCCAACCUUCGCGAUGCCACCACCACCUGGACCUCUAUCUAUGCCACCUGGACCCUCGCAACCGCCCACUCAGCAAACCCUUCUCAGCAACCUCAGGACAUUCUGAAUAGAAGGAUCGGCUUCGUAUCGUACCCCAAGCAGUAUCUACCAAAAUUGUAGCACUUACCAAGCAUAGU